CUUCAGAAUUCAUUCUCUGCGCGUGCGUCGAUUAACUGUGUUAUCCGCCAUUUGUGAAAAGCCAAAAUGUCUCGCUAUUCGAGACCACCAAACAGUUCUCUCUAUGUUCGCAAUGUUCCUGAUAACACCAGAACUGAAGAGUUGCGCUCCCUGUUUGCUAAAUAUGGCCCCUUAAAAGAUGUUUAUGUUCCUGUGGAUUAUUUCACGCGUCGGCCACGAGGUUUUGCAUAUAUACAGUUUGAAGAUCCCAGGGAUGCUGAUGAUGCCUUGUAUCACCUAGACAGAACAAGAUUUUAUGGACGAGAGCUAGAGAUUGAGUUUGCAAGAGGAGACAGAAAAUCUCCCAAUCAAAUGAGAACAAAGGAGAAGACUGGCAGAAGAGGCAGCUCACCAUAUGGUAACAGCUAUCGCGACGAUCAUGAUCGGGGAAGUCGCAGGAGGAGAAGCAGAAGUCCAAGGUUCCAUUCUAGAUCUCGAUCCAGAAGCCCAUAUUAUUCUAGUCGGCAUCGAUCUAGAUCAAGGAGUCCUUACAACAAUGACGGCAGAAGAAGGUCACGGAGCAGGAGUAGAGGAGGCAGAGACAGGAAGUCUUACAGUCGCUCCAGAAGUAGGUCAAGGUCAUAUGACAGAAAGAGGAGCAUUUCACCAAAAAGGUCAAGAUCCUACAGUAGGUCACAGUCACCGCGAGGUGGCAACAGAGAUGGAUCUCCACGCAAGAGUCGCAGUCUGACCCCAGAAACAGAAUGAUCUUCCCCGACAUUUGCUGUAUGAGAGACUGUGAAGAAGGUGCCCUGACAAAAGCGAUCAAUCAUGACGAGAGCGAUGGAACAAACGCAGGAUGCUAAAAAGCAUUGUUUUGUAUCUCUGUGUGAAAAGCCAGAGUGUUGCCAUUCAGAACAAUGGAUGUAUUGCUAUCUUGAGACUAUCUCAAUAUAUCUCAGCAUUAGACGGGAGUUUUACUGGAGAGUUUUUAGCAUAUCUGAACAAAUGGAAAAGUGUAGAAUGUUGAACAUUUUAACCUCUUAGCUAUUUACACAAGUUUUCUUCAUCGUUCUCCUUCAGACUUGUUACUUCGUUCUCCAUAGGAAUUAUUUUAAAAGUUGUGUGCUUAUUUUCGUUUCUUUCAGGAAAAAGUGUUUUAUUCAUUUGCAUGUAAGGACAUGUCUCAUUGUAAAUAUCCAGAUGUAUAAGUGUCGAUCAUCCGUUCAUGUUUCACUUAUCAUUUAAUGUUGUUCCGGAAUACACCAUAAUCGUUUUAUCAUCAAUAAAAUUGCAUACAUGCCAACAGAUCUGAUAUCUAUUUUAUGUCUGGUUUGGUGUUUUAAUUUCAUAUUUGUUUCCAAGGAAGGUAGACUUAGUACAGUUUUAAGUUUGAUGGGUGGAGCCCUUACGAGCUUAUGGUGUGAUGUCAGCAUUUAGUUAAAUGAAAAGAAAAUACAUUGUGUUACUGUCAUAUUUUGCUGACGGGUGUCAUUAUAUGUAUACAUAAAGAUGGAACUGAUAAAAGUAUGGUUAAAAUA